AUGCUUUGCCGCACUUAUGAUGUACAAGAUCCAAAGGUAAGUUGUGUUUGCUUGUAGGAGGCGAUGUUGUUAACUUUAGGCCUAAUUUGGCAGGGAACUGUUUUGCAAGCCCCACUUCAAAUGAUUGGAGGAAUCCCUAAAGCUAUUGCUGUACUCAGUAAACUAACUCAUGCACUUCAAGAGAGCCUCCUGAAUACAUUUUCUUGGUGGAAUGGAUCGGUCUCUCUCUUGCAAUUCUUAGCAGCUUGCAUAAAGCAUUUAACUUCAGAUGCAGCGGUAAUACUGCCUUAGACUGCAAUUCUGUGCAUGUUAAUCUAGAGUGAAUCCCUUCUGGACAUAUAUGUGGGUAAUCAUAUGUAGAUUGUUCAGACUCUGCAAGAAACAUUGAAUUAUUGCCUUAAUAAUUUAGCCUCUCCUCUCCUUCUCUUCCCUCCUUCAUUUAGAGUACAGCCAAGCCGGCAGACUGGAAAUAUCAGCAUGGCCUUGCCAUGUCAUGGCUAUCUUUAGAAUGCACAAUUAAUGCUAAUAUACACAUCCCACUACCAGUGACCUUGGCCAGCCACGACUUAGAGAAAAACACAAGGGUAACAGAACACUUGCUAUGCAUGACUUACAUCUUGUCCGUUUAAGCUAAUAUUUAUAUUUUAUGCUGUGAACUGCCCUGAGAUCUAUAGAUAAGGGGCGGUAUACAAUUUUAAUAAAUUAUAAUAAUUUAAGUUAAUGUAUAUUUAUAUAUUGGCUAUAAUGAUAUUUAUCGUUCUGUUGGAUUCUGCCUUUCCUUGCUUCUUUCUGAGCCUGGACAGCUUCUGUACUCUGCCCAUUAAGCCACUUGGAAGAUUCAGGACAGAUUUAAAAAAUACUUUACACAGCGCCUCGUGAAUGUGGCGGCCCUUCUUUAGAGACUAUGUUAAGGUGCUGGUAUAAGCACUUCUGUAGAUGUGUUUACAAAAGACAUGUUUUAACUAUAUUUUGGAAUCUAAAAUAAAAAAGUGGGCUGUGAUCAGCCGUAAACUGUUCUGAACUCAUUGGAGCAAGGGUGGGGAGCAUUUGGCCUUUACAUGUUGUUGAACUACAACUCCCAUCAGCCUUUACCAUUGUCAUGCUAGCUGGAGCUGAUGGGAGUUCUAGUUCAGCAAUAUCUGGAGGAUCAAAGGUUCACCACCCCUGCCUUGGAGGAAUGGCAGGAUACAAAUGUGAUUUUUUUUAAAGUUUAGGGUGUCUGAUGAUUGAACAGCCCUCUAUUGUUCAGGCUUCCAUGAUGAUCGCAUGUAAAUAAAGAUGUACUGGGCUGAACAUUAAAGUCAUGGAUUGUUCAGCAAUGCAACAUGCCUCCUUUUCUUUUCUUUUGUUUCCGCUUUAAAGAAUGGAUUAGCACGAUGGGCCAAACAGAUAGAGGAAGCUGUAUUUCUGAUCAAUGGUCAAGUUAGAGAGGAAGAUGCCGACUUACUGGAAGGGCAGGUAAGUGCUGAACAACGGAGUCUUAAUGCUGGCGUAGGUCACAAUGUUUAGAGAGGUAUGUGUUUUCAGUGGUCAGUUUAGCAUAGCUUGACUUGAUAAGUACACCUUUAUUUUGUAGAUAAUGGUGCUAUUGCAGGAAAGGUGGCCAAAUGAGUCUCAAAUACUGAAGCCAUGUGUCUCUUCUGAUCAAGCAGUAUUUUAACUGUCCACAUGGUAGUAAGCAAACCAUGCAUAAUGAUUUGCCAGUUGACCAGAAGAACUUUAUACACUGAUCAGAAGGUCAGCGGUUUGAAUCCCCGCGAUGGGGUGAGCUCCCGUUGCUCUGUCCCAGCUCCUGCCAUCCUAGCAGUUCGAAAGCAUGCCAGUUCAAGUAGUUAAAUAGGUGCCGCUGCAGCAGGAAAGAAAACAGUGUUUCAGUGUGCUCUGGUUUCCGUCACGGUGUUCUGUUGCGCCAGAAGUGGUUUAGUCCUGCUGGCCACAUGACCCAGAAAGCUGUCUGUGGACAAAUGCCGGCUCCCUCGGCCUGAAAGCGAGAUGAGCGCCACAACCCCAUAGUCACCUUUGACUGGACUUAACCAUCCAGGGAUCCUUUACCUUUUACCUUUAUAAUUGGUAACUGGUAAACUGUGUUCCUCCUUUCAGAAUGUUCACCUGUCUCCCAGAGUCAAGGGCAAUUGCUCAGUAGUAGCCUGCAUGCUUUUCAUGCAGAAGAUCCCAGUUAGAGCUGGGAGAGACCCCUGUCCGAAAUCCUGGAAAGCCACAGUAGUUAGUGUAGACAGUUCUGAGUUAGAUGGAUUUGUGGUCUGAUCUGGUAUGAGACAGCGUCCUGUGGAGGAAAAGAGUAUCCCACUAGGAUGAGAAAUUCGGGAUCAUUGUGAUUGUGGCAAUUUAUAUUUUGUGUGUCUUUAAAAAGAAAUGAAAAAACCCUCUUUCCUAUACUACUUCUUUCUUACAGCAAGGUAUUCUGCAUGUCCAUGCAUUGGUCAUUCUUUCACCACCAGUUUGAUGUACCUAGUCUAUGUGUUUAUUUUCUGAAACUGGAUACCUAAUGUUUUGGGGCUUUAUAUCGUGAAAUGUAUUUUGCGUAUAGGGCUUCCCAAAGUCCUGAGUGACCACCAUAGUGCUUUGUAGCCUUGACUGCUGAGGGCUGAGCCCAAGGAUAGAAUUUGCAGUUUUGUUUGUUCUUCCACACAAAUACAGAAUUAAAGACUGUUAGGAGAAAAUGUGCAACGUUUUCAGAAAAAAACGUAUCCAACAUUUAUCUUGUAAAAUUCACAACACCCAAAUUCUAUCUUUGGAUAUGGAACACAUGAAUUAUUUUCUCUGCCAUUUUCUGUGUUUCAAUUAUCUUUACAGAAAAAGUCUGCAAGAGGAAACACGCCAUCAGCUACUCAGAGCCUUGAUGUUCGGGUUUUAAUGCAAUUGGUAAGUAAAUUCACCACUGCAAUGGUAAAAAGAGAGUGAUGUGAAAAGUCCCUGGUUUAGUUCUAUGAAUUCACUUGAUGGCCUUAUGUAAUCUACUGUUUGUUGGCCUCUGCCUCUCUUCCAUGGGGCAAACAGUAAAGGCCUACGGAAUAUCUCUAUAGGAGAAGGUCACUUCCUUUUCUUCCAUGCUGAUUUAAAUUCCCACUGGAUUCUUGUUUGAGCAUGAUGUUUGGGAGCUUAGCAGCUAUAAGAGAUGGAAGCUGGGAAGUCCCCUGUUGAAGUCUCCCAUUCCCUACCUAAAUUGUGGAAUUUCCAGCAGAGAUGCAGAAUAUAGCACAUAACACUUUAUAGCUACUAUCUCUCAGCAUCAGGGAUGAGCACUAAAAGUGCUUUUCAAGUGUUUGGCAUUAAUAGUCUAAACCAGCCUUUCUCAACCUAGGGUUCCCAGAUGUUGUUGGACUGAACAUCAUCCCUGACUGACUAUGGAUGAUGAAGUUGUGGUAAACUGUAGGGUGUAAAUCUUACUCUAAAGGUUGUUGUAAGUUGCCGACCUAUAGAGAUGAAGUUGCAAGUCAAAUCAGUUGGGGUCUGUACAGAUGUUCCAAGAGGCCAGAUGAAAAAGUAGAGGCCCUUAUGCUCAGUGGCUUGAUGCUAAUCCUCAAAAGAUUAACAUGGCUGUGACAGCAGAGCAUCUGAUUUUGGCAAGCUGUUUUUUAACUGAGACUGAAGCUGAAAUCAGGAGUGUUAAAAUCUUAAUUUAUACUGCUGGUGAAAACUGUUGUUCCUGUAGGCCAGGCUUCCUCAACCUCGGCCUACAAUGUUUUUGGCCAACAACUCCCAUGAUCCCUAGCUAGCAGGACCAGUGGUCAAGGAUGAUGGGAAUUGUAGUCGCAAAACAUCUGGAGGGCUGAGGUUGAAGAAGCCUUAUGUAGGCUGAUCCCUUGUUGAUUUCCCACGCCCCAAAUGCGGAUCAAUAGUACUUUCAGAAUGAUAGCAACACCUGUCAUCUUCUUGUACAGAGGGGAAAGGGAAUAAGCCUGCAAUGUGAAUACUAGAAAGCUCCAUGUUUUAAUGUUGCAAAAGGUUAGGUUAAAUAUAUUUUGGUGAGAACACAUCGUAGCAUAUAAAACAGCCAGAGAAUUUUAAAACUGUAAACUCUGGAAAUGUAAAAGUGGUCAAGAAAUUGAGAAAUCUGUGCUUGAGACUUCUUUAUGUUUUCUCUUUCAGUCACGUAGUUCAAAUGCCAGAUCCACAGCAACAGUCCAGAUAUGCAGCGGCUCCAUAAAUCUUAAAGGUGCUUUAAAAUGCAAAGCUUACAUCCAUAAUAACAAGCCCAGAGUUAAAGAUGCUGUUAAGGUACUUUUGCUGCCCUUCAGUCUACUGAAGGAUUUGGUCUUAAUCCUUGCAUCCCAGAUAUUUUAGCAAGCAAGCAAGCAAGCAAGCAGAUUUUGUUGUGUUUUCAGAAACCUGCCAUCAUACAAUUUCAGCAUAAAGGUCCUCAAACUGUUUAGUUUUCUACUGAGCAUUAAUCCAGAAUAAAUUUGUAAAAACUAAAAGAACAAUAGCAUACAAAUGAACAUAAUGGAACGGUAUAGUACAGUGGUACCUCGGGUUACAUACGCUUCAGGUUACAUACGCUUCAGGUUACAGACUCCGCUAACCCAGAAAUAGUACCUCGGGUUAAGAACUUUGCUUCAGGAUGAGAACAGAAAUCGUGCUCCGGUGGCGUGGCAGCAGCAAGAGGCCCCAUUAGCUAAAGUGGUGCUUCAGUUUAAGAACAGUUUCAGGUUUAGAACGGACCUCUGGAACGAAUUAAGUACUUAACCCGAGGUACCACUGUAUACAGUUACAUAGAGUUCAGAAGGGAAAUUCCUAGCUAGGAGUUUCACAAGUAUAUCCUUACCUACUUUCAUUUAAAUUUUUAGCAGUUUUUGUCAAAACAGCCAUUAUGAAUUAUACUGUUCUGAACGUGACAUACCUACUCUGAUCAGACAGUAAAUAUAGUAACUUCUCAUCUAUUGAUUUCCUUCUGAGUUUCAACAGUAGUUGCAACAUUUAGAUCACAGUUCCAUAUACAUUUCAUGCCCCUGUAAAGAUGUGUUUGAUCCUCCACAACUAAUGAAUUGCAUUAGCAUUCCACCUUGGGAGUCCAGGGUUUGGCUGUCCUCUCCUGGGUUUCUGUAUGUCAUCCCAUAUCUCACAUGGGUCUGGGAUAAAGGGAAAUAUAGUGAGAGCAGGAGCCUCCAGCCUCUCCAUCUCCAGCCCCUGCAACUGAGGAUGCUAAGGAUGCCUCUGUUUACUUGCAGUAUCUGCCUUCCUGCUCUGUCAGAAGCCACAGUUUUCUUCCGUUGAAGGAACCAUAAGCAGGUAGCAUUUGCAACAUGUUCAACAGCUGCCAGUCUCACUUCUGGGAUUCUUUGGCAUUCUAGAAGAUGCAAUCUCAGGACUAUAUUACCCAUUCUUUGGCCCUUUGCCCAAAACUGGACCAGCUACCCGGCCCUGAAGGCAGGCUGAGCUUUCACAUAUUGCUUGUUUAACCUUUAAUACCUCCCUGACUUGUUGCCCAGUGGAAAGAGGCUUCAAACGCUGGAAUGUCUUUGUAUCUUUUUGUUCUUGCCUUUGCAGGCCUUGAAGAGAGAUAUAAUAAACACUCUCUCUGAUCGUUGUGAAAUGUUAUUUGAAGACCUGCUUCUAAACGAAACACCAGGAAAGAAAAGUAAGAGCGGGCGGAAGGAAUUGUAGGACUAUAUCUAGUUGUUGUUUUUUUAAUUGCUUUUGAAUUUGGAUUUUAAAAAUGAAUUCCUUCUAAGGAAUAGGAGGACGUACUUAUUUAUUAGUGAAAACAAGGGUGGAGUCAUGUAAGUCCAUGUGUCUGAGUACUGCAUGUGAAAGCUGCUUAUACUACUCUAACAAUAACUAGGUUUUUUCCUGAGCAAAUUAUUCAAACUAGUUUCUCCCCAUUGCUUUUUUUUUUUUGAGCGGGGGAGGGCAAUGAAUGCAAACUUAACUGCUUGCAGCCCAAUCUGAUGCAUGACCUAGAUGUCACUGCACCAUUGAAACGGCAAUAUUAUUAAUUGCCUGCAAUUUUUAGUUGCUUCUUUAGGUGGCAUAGUUUGUCUACAUAUGUGCAUGCUUUUGCAUAUUAUGGGCCAACUAAGUUUGCUUUUUAGAGUUAAAACAAAUAGUUUAGGCUCAUUUCCCCUUCUUCUUCGAAGCAUUCUGUGCCCUCAAGUUUGCUUUUUGUCAUUUAUUAGCCAAACUUCCCAGACUGCAAUAGCGGAUAAUCAUUGUCGGUUUACUGCAGUAAAAAUGAAUUGGAGAGCAACGGGGGCAGGAGGGGGGAGACAUUUGGGACAUCCCCCCCCCCCCAAUACAGGAGAGCAAGUAAAACAUCCCGGUUAAUUUUUUUGUGGCAGCUUCCCACCUUCCUCAGCAAACUGCUUCUCCAGCACAUCAUUUGACCUUGGUAUCAAAAGUUAGGAGCAGAGCCAUUGAAAUGAAUGGACUGGUCCAUUCAUCUCAUUGCUUCUACUUUGAGUGGAACUUGGUUGGCUACAAUCUAAUAUAUAAAAUCUCUCUUCCCCACCCCCGGAAUAAAUCCAGCUUGGAAGACCAGGCAGUGGCUUCAGCAGGCUUACAGCCUUGUAAGAGAAUUUGUGGAGCUUUACUGAGAAAUUAUAUUUUCCUCCAUGUUUGUGGGCUGUUCUGAGUGAUCAGUCUCUGUGGCGCAGGAUAGCAGACUUGAGAUCCCCUUGGCACGGCCAUGGCAUCACCGCUGCUAGUCGGUCCCUUCUGCCAGAUAACUCCUCAACAGAGCUUUCAGACAUGCAUUCCGUGUCAGCACCAGUGCUAUGGAAAGAUGCAAGUUGGUGACAUUGUUAUAUUGUAUGUUUCAUUUUUAAGAUUUGAUACCUCACCAAGUAAUCCAUAUGCUUCUUGCAGCACCUGCAGUGCAGGUUAAAUUAAUAUAAAAUUGAGAUUGCGUAAUUAGGGCAUGUGACACACCUAUACAGACAUAGUGCUGAUGCUGCCUGAACACAGAAACACCGGAGUAUAUACUAGUAGUCACAAUGUCCCUUAGUGGUGUUCAAUAUUUUAUUAAUAAUAUUUUAUUUUAUAUUUCUGUUUUAGAUUCUGAAAGGGAGUACCACACCUUGCCUUGCAGAGUGUUUGCUCCCAUCGUUGGGUCCAGCGUGUUGCUGUGCGACUAUAAGUUUGGAGACGAGACAGCCAGGGAAAUCCAAGAGCGCUUCCUUGAGAUGCUGGAUCAAGCUGUUCAACCAGAGGAUUUGCAGACAGCUGAGGAAAUGAAUAUGGGUAAAUAUAGCCACUAAGUUAAGAGGCGGAUUACGCUUUGCCAGGAAUUAUAGAGAAGCUCAACCUGUGGAACAAGCAGAGCUUAACACUGGCUCCUAAAAUGUUUUCUGCCUCAAACCUGAGCCUCAACAAGUGACGUCCAAGCAAGAGGGAAAGUUGGGUUUAGGCUAUUCACUUUCAUCCAUAUUGGUCUAAAUGGUGGCAUUACUGGAAACCUGGUAGUGGGGCCUAGUGGUGUGGCGGGGUCUGCCAAAGGUCAGUACAAAACAACCAAACUUUAAACAUAAAAUGUAAGAGAAUACCUACAAGAUUUUAAUAAUAAUAAUAAUAAUAAUAAUAAUAAUAAUAAUAAUAAUAAUUUUUAUUUAUACUCUGCCCUUCCUGGUUUAAAAACCAGGCUCAGGGCGGCUAACAACAAAUAUAAAACAUUGAUUAAAAUGCGACUUAAAAACAGCAUAAAACAGCAUAGAAUACAACAUAAAAUGCAGCAUCAAUAUCAAUAAAAUUCAAAAAUUCAGGGGUCAUUUUUGGAAGGAAAAAACACACCCAGUCAGUAGACAUUGAAUGAUCACCAGGGCUAACUGGCUAAGUUGGUCCUACUAGGGCCAGCAAGGAGACCAGGGAAGAAUUUAAAUGUGGGGUCACAGAAAGGGUUUCUUUAUAGAAGAGGAAAGGGAAAAGGGAAUAGUAAAAAGGUAAAGGGACCCCUGACCAUUAGGUCCAGUCGUGACCGACUCUGGGGUUGCGGCGCUCAUCUCGCUUUAUUAGCCGAGGGAGCCGGCGUACAGCUACCAGGUCAUGUGGCCAGCAUGACUAAGCCGCUUCUGGCGAACCAGAGCAGCGCACGGAAACGCCAUUUACCUUUCCGCCGGAGCGGUACCUAUUUAUCUACUUGCACUUUGAUGUGCUUUUGAACUGCUAGGUUGGCAGGAGCUGGGACCGAGCAACGGGAGCUCACCCCGUCGUGGGGAUUCGAACCGCCGACCUUCUGUUCGGCAAGUCCUAGGCUCUGUGGUUUAACCCACAGCGCCACCCGCGUCCCUAAAGGGAAUAGAGAAUAGAGGAUCAGGCUAAUUCAAAUUGAAGGCCAGGCGGAAUAGCUCUGUCUUACAGGCCCCACAAAUAAUAACAUUUAAUAACAUUUAUUUUUAAAAAGUAGCUUGUAAUGCUUCUUAGGCCUUGCACUCAGUCCGAAAUUGGGAACUUCUCAUUCACCUUUCUGAGUAAAGACCAAGCUAGAUGUGGCCAAAACAGUCCCGGGUGGAAUCUUCCAACAUCUAUCUUUUCCUAAAAGCAACACCAUGGGAUUUUGAAUGAUCUCCUCCGCUUCCAGUGUUGCAGACCCAAACAAAAUGAUACCUGAGCAGUAUGUUUUUCCUUUUGCAGCUAAUUGCACUUAGGCAGUAUUUGAAUUAGGGCCACAGCACGGCGGGAAACACUACAGCCCCAGUCCAAAUCAGAACAAGAAAGUUGUCUUUGGGGAGCCAGCCAGGAACUUCCUGCAUUACAUCUAGUUUGGCACUUGGUAAAAGAGCAAAAGACUUGUUUUCUUUGUGUAAAACCAAAACUGAAUAUUCAAGGUAUAAACUUGGAAAAUAGCCCUUGCCUGUGGCUAUGGUCCUGGCAUGAAAGCAAGGACAAUGGAAAGGAAAAAGGCAACACGACAGCUAAAAGUUCUAGAAACUUGGGUUGUUUGAAACGAGGCGAUUCUGCCCUCUAAUACUGUAUAGAUUAUGUUGACUACCUUAUACAGUGGUACCUUGGUUUGCGAACAGCCUAGUUUCCGACCAUUUUGGAUUGCGACCAGUUCAAACCUGGAAGUGCACAUUUUAUUACUACCCAAUUUUUUUGGUUUACAAACAAUUUUUUGGAUUACGACCCCCCCCCUUUUUUUUUGAGGCCCCAUUGGCGAAAGCGUGCCUUGGGUUACAACCUGUUUUGGUUUACGAACGGACCUCUGGAACGGAUUAUGGUUGUAAACCAAGGCACCACUGAAACUUUCCAUUUUGGGUCCAUAGUUCAGUCCUUAUGCUGUCACACCCACUGUUUCUAGUGCUCUCCUGUCCUUCUCUGGUUAGCUUUCUUAACAGUCCCUAAAACAAAUUAACUUGACUCACUUUAGAAGUUUGUAGUUGGAAUUAAUAAAUAAUCCAUAAAUUAGCUUGCACUUAAAAAAACCAAAAACAAAACCCUAACUUGUUUAGAUAUGGAAUUUGCUAUGCUUUUCUAUUCUUUAGCAUAAGCAAAUACGUUUUGCAUCAGGAAGUUCCUUCGCUAAAUCCCUGUUGCUACCAUCAAGGGGUUAAGUCCUCUUGAGUAGAUCAACACAAAUAAGAUUUCAGCGAGGGUAAUCCCUUCUCCUGUACUCAUUCUUUCUUAUCUAGUGGAAGACCUAAUGAACUCAAGCAAUAGGUCUUCUGGCCUCUACAGAGCUGUGUAGCUGUGAGUCACUUUUGAGUCGCUUCUGGCGUUAUUGUUGAGAUAAAGCCUUCCUAGCAUUUUUAGACCCUGAGAUAUGAGGUUUAAGCCUCAUUUCAGUGGUUGUGUGUGUGUGUAAGUAAGACCCGUGACUAGGUAUUCUGUACUCGGACUAAAUUACGCACAUGCGUUUUGCAUAUGUUUACUUGAAGCUGAUCCUACAGUUUUCUGAAGAGUUUGGACAAGGCUAUGUGUUACUGGGCAAGGAGGGGAGACAAGUGUGUGAGAAUGGGAUUAGGGUGAAUCCACAAAGACCAUUUUUGUAUCUUCUUUCUUAAACCAGUUGAAGUAACCCCCCUGAAGGAAUUCCAAGAUGUUGUGCAAGAGAAACGGUUGACUAAAGAAGUGCUUCUGUUGAAGCUUCAUCAAAAUAUAGGUAGGUAGGCUCCAGCAAUUGCUCUUGCACCAAUGGAAGCAAUGAGUGGUAUUCAACACUAGUCCUACUUGGAGUAGACCUAUUGCAUUUAUCUGCAUGACUAAUUUAGAUUCAUUAAUUUCAAAAGCUCUACUCUGAACAGGAUUUAGCCGAAUACAACCCAGGGGGAAAUGAGAAACAGGUGCAGUCGUUGUGGUUGAUAUUGGCGCCCCAAAUGAGCAUUCUCUCUACAGUGCAUCAGACUGAGCUUCCCAAUUUCAAAGGUCAUCUGUGAUGCCUUAUUGGGUAUAAAGAACUGAGGGUGGCAUGACAGGGUCCUACUAGAACAGAAACGCAGUCUGUUUUGCCAGUGUUUUGCACUUACUUAGCCACCCCUUUAGGAUAUUGCAUGCCAGCAGGGGCACAAUUAUAACAAUUCGUGAAAGCAGCAGAAUUCAGAUGCCUGCUGUGUUAACCUGAACAUUUGUUUUAAUUUCCUUCCUUCCUUUCCUUCAAAACAAAAACAAUUUGCCAAGGCAGCAAUCCUGUAUCCGUUUACCUGGGAGUAAACUGCACUGAAACCAGCAGUACUUAGUUCUGAAUAGACAUGUGUGGGAAUGUACUAUAAAAUGGGAGUGGUUUUAGUUAGCGUAAAAGGUAAAGGUACCCCUGACCAUUAGGUCCAGUCGCGGAAGACUCUGGGGUUGCGUGCUCUUCUCACUCUAUAGGCCAAGGGAGCCAGCGUUUGUCCGCAGACAGCUUCCGGGUCAUGUGGGCAGCAUGACUAAGCUGCUUAUGGCGAACCAGAGCAGCGCACGGAAAUGCCAAUUACCUUCCCACUGGAGCAGUACCUAUUUCUCUAGUUGCACUUGAUGUGCUUCCAAACUGCUAGGUGGGCAGGAGCUGGGACUGAACAAUGGGAGCUUACCACGUUGUGGGGAUUCGAACCGCUGACCUUCCGAACAGCAAGCCCUAGGCUCUGUGGUUUAGACCACAGCGCCACCUGCGUCCCUUUAGUUAGGGAACAAGCAUCUAUUCCUCAAAGCGUGGGGCAAGGUGGCAGGACAAACUACUAGGCAAUGCCGUGAUACAGCUGUUUGACUGUUGGCCUUAGAGCAGAGUAUAAAUAAAAUUAUAGGCAUAUAGGAGCGACUAGAGAAAGUAAAAAACAAAAACACACAAAUUAAGUCUACGGUCUCUCAUCUUUUCCAUUCUUUCUCACUUGUUGUCUUUCUUGAUAUCUGUUAUCUGAGUCUUUUGUGGUUGUGGUUGAUAUCUGUGAUGCCUGAAUCUCCGAGUGCAAAAGGAUAGAAUGAGUUAUGCAUGUCAGAGGCCUCGGAUAGAUCCCUGAGCUAAGGUAACGGCAGUUGAAGAAAGGGGCUGGGAUUAGUCAGUGCACAGAGAGGAAGUGUUAUUGUCACAUGUCUGGUAAAGCCUUUGCAAUGUACGGUGGAGCAACAGGAUUUCACUUGCCCUGCCUUGCCUAAUGUGCUCCAUGUCAUGUGUAAUUGAUGUGUAUAUGUGUCAACACCUUUAUAGUGUCUGUGAAUCAGCUUUGAAGGUCCUGUUUCUACAUUUUGUGGUAACGUUAAUGUGCCUGAAAUUUGGAGCAGAUCUAGCCCAGGUCCAGUCAAUUAUCUCUCUAUCUUUUUAUCUGCAAGCUGAACCUAGCCAGCAGAGAUCUGGUAAACCUCAGUCUGUUUCCAGACCUUAUUUGAACAGGGGCAGUAAAAACUGUCAGCCUCUCUGCAUAUUCAGCCUCAUAAGUGUGGGUCACCCCACAUGCUCACACCUUUCAAGCUUGCUGGGUGAAGGUCAUGUAUCAGUCGUGAAAUUAGAUUUUGUGCACAGACUUGUCAGCUACAUGUUACAUCCAACACAGAGAAGCAAGGUGGGGCCUGGAGUCGAUCUGUGCCAUUGUGCGGCAUGUUGAUUUUGUAUACUUUGCGUUGUCUGUGACGGAAUUGAGAAAAUAUGCGUAUCGUUGAAGAGAAUGGAAAUGGCUAUCUGAACCCUUAUAUAUUUUGAAUGUUGCUGGUGAACAAGUACUGUGUUUCAGGGACUUCCAUUGUGUCUCUGCUAAUCUCUUUCCCACUCCUUGCCUUUUUGACAAUCAAGUUCUCCUUUUCACGUACUGAAUUUGCCUUUCCUUUGUCGUUUUCAGGAGUGGUGAUAGCAGUGGCUGUCGCAAUAUCCGCAGCAGCCUUCUCCUUCAACUAUUUCAGCGACUAG